AUGCCGCCCUUAGUAAGAAGUCCAUUGGAUCUCACAGAAAUGACCCAUGUGAUCCUCGUAGUUGCCCCUCCCUGUCUUCGUUCCACCGUGCUCAGCCAGUUUUACAAUGCGGUUUCUGAUGUUCAAGCUGUUGUUUAUGAGGAACCAAAGUACUGGUGCUCUAUUGUGUACUACGAGCUCAACAACCGCGUGGGUGAAGCGUUCCAGGCCUCCUCCACAAGUGUGUUGGUGGAUGGUUACACUGAUCCUUCCAACAACAAGAACCGCUUCUGCCUUGGGCUGCUCUCCAACAUUAACCGGAACUCCACAAUAGAAAACACCAGGCGACAUAUUGGAAAAGGCGUCCACCUAUACUAUGUUGCAGGAGAAGUGUAUGUCGAAUGCCUGAGUGACAGCAGCAUAUUUGUGCAGAGUCGGAACUGCAACUACCAUCAUGGGUUUCAUCCCACCACAGUAUGCCCCAAUGGCAUGCUAUGCUGUCUGGAAAUUUACUCUGCUAAACAAAUUAGUCUGUCGCUCGCGUUCCAAAACUCUGAGGACAACACGGUCAGUCGAGCUGCUUCAUCGAAACCACAGGGCUUCUCUGUGCCAAUAGUCUACAUUCGCUACUUUCCUAUCAUCGCUAACAAGAACCUGACAGGAAGCACUUUCAGUGGGAAGGACUGCGUUGUGUUUGCUCAUGCUUUGAGGGAAAGUGUGGUGGUGGCAGAAGCAGCGGGGUUGCAGUGA